GGGCGCUUUAUCAUCUCGAAACAUCACAAGAAGAAGGAUGCCUUUUUCCUUGCCACAUGUCCUUGCUAGAAGCUCCAGGAUGCUGCUGAAUAGAAGUGAAAAGAAUUUUCAAUGUGGCAGUCUGGAGCUGAGAUAUGAAGGAGACGUCUACUGCGGAUUCACGGUAUGAUGCAUUUAAAGAGACUGUACCUUAAAAGCCCAUUUUCUAGAUGAAGAAAAUGUGGCUCCAAGAAGAGCCAUGAUCCAGCACCCGAGAGACCGCAGUUUGAUUCACAGGAAUUUCUCCACAUGGCUUCCAAAGAAGUGACCAUUACAGUUCGCCUCAUUCGUUCAUUUGAGCAUCGCAAUUUCAAGCCUAUAGUAUAUCAUGGAGUUAAUUUGGACCAAACUACAAAGGAAUUUAUAGUAUUUCUAAAGCAAGAUGCCUUUGGUGCCUUCCCCAUCAGAGUAGUAGUACGGAUCACAGCUAGAUGCUCAGCCCUGCCUGUCCACAUCUUUCACCUGUGUUGGUCGCUUACUUUAAAAAUAAUGGUCUGGGCCUCGCCGCCAUCAUGAACGACACAGUAACUAUCCGGACCAGGAAGUUCAUGACUAACCGACUACUUCAGCGGAAACAGAUGGUCAUUGAUGUUCUUCACCCUGGAAAGGCAACGGUACCUAAGACAGAAAUUCGGGAAAAACUAGCCAAAAUGUAUGAGACCACACCAGAUGUCAUAUUUGUGUUUGGAUUCAGAACCCAUUUUGGUGGUGGCAAGACAACCGGCUUUGGCAUGAUUUAUGAUUCUUUGGAUUAUGCAAAGAAAAAUGAACCCAAACACAGACUUGCAAGACAUGGCCUGUAUGAGAAGAAAAAGACAUCAAGAAAACAGCGAAAGGAACGUAAGAACAGAAUGAACAAAGUCAGGGGGACUGCAAAAGCCAACGUUGGUGCUGGCAAAAAGUGA